AAGUUGUUUCUUUUAUUUAGAUUUCCUGGAUGAGGAAGCGGGACUUGCAUAUUCUGACUUCAAGCAUCCACACGUAUACUGGAGAUGGUAGGUUUAGCGUCCAUCAUCCAGAAAACAGCGACGAUUGGGAUCUCCAGAUCGAGUACGUACAGAGGCGGGACUCUGGGAUUUACGAGUGUCAAGUCAACACCGAACCAAAAAUCAACAUGAGGGUGGAACUCCACGUCGAAGAUGCUCAAGCAGCUAUAACAGGUCCAACUGAAGUGUUUGUCAAAAAAGGAAGCACAAUAUCGCUGACAUGUUCUGUGAACGUCCACUCAAACCCACCAUCAUCAGUCCUGUGGUAUCAUGGAUCAUCCAAAGUCGAUUUUGACUCGCCCAGGGGUGGAAUUAGUUUAGAAACGGAAAAGACAGAAGCGGGCACCACGAGCAAGCUACUUAUCACCAAGGCUUUGCUGUCCGACUCUGGAAAUUACACUUGUCAGCCGUCCAACGCCAGUCCUGCAUUCACCAUUGUCCACGUACUUAAUGGUGAGCAUCCUGCAGCAAUGCAAACAAGUAGGGGAGACCUUCAAAGUCACUUGAUGUUACUCACCAGUUUUUCAUCAAUUUUAGUGUUAGUUUCAAGAUGAUUAUUAUACUAAUUACUACCGCAGAACGUAAAAAAACACUCGGUACAACUCCACAAGGUAACAAUUUUGUUCGCAAGAGUGAACUACCUACCUAACUAAAAGAAAAAAAAAUAACGUUUGGUGAUAAAAAGAAAUACUAUAAUAAUAUAAUAGUCAGUGUAAAUAAAUUAAAAGUAUACUAUAUUUUUGUGGUGCUAACACUAUUAAUUAUUGUGUUGAUUGUGAUUACGACUGGGGGCUCACAAUGCUGGUUUUUGGACGAACUUCUAGUGACUAUAAAAAUUUAGUGUUAGUGUUUAUAUGAUAAUACUGGAUGGUAAUCGAAUUCGAGAAAUCACUGUACAGUUUGUGACUGUAGACUUUGCAAAUCACUCACAAUUUUCAAUGUUUUGGUUACUCGUUAUGCCCUGAUUAUAUCAACAUUACCUUAAAAUAUACCGAACCCUGUGUUAGAAGGGACUAAAGGCGAUAAGGACACGACCCUACUUGAUUUCAAUUUUAAUCCCUACCGGGUUAUAGGUACAGUGGAAUUCAUUUAUUAUGACUCCGCUUAUAUUGACCGACCGCUUAAUAUGAAGUA